CCAAAAAAAUAUGAAGAGUUGUUCUUGUGCCUAAUGACCGUAAUUUCAGUUCAAUUGAAAUAAAUAUUUUUAGGAAGAAAUUACAUUUGCUCCUGAGGCUUCUGCACAACCAGAGGGAAGGAGUACCACACCAGAAGUAAGUAGAAAGUAGAUUCAUAUGUAAUGUGCAAAUUCUGGAAGAAAAGUGUAUAUCUCACAAGAAUUGAAAAACAUGUCUAGUACCUCUCAAGUAAUCUUCUUUUGCAGUUUCUUUUUGUUACAGUUCUUUGAAGAACUUGUUGAACUGCCCUCUUCCGAGGACAUUGCGGAGUGUGUCAAAGAGCAGGACCAGAGGCGUGAAGAACUGCACUCCAAGCGGGAACAGAGAGUUGAAGCAGCCCAAGAAAAGCAGAAGGCUGAGUACAGGAACAGGAAAGCAAGAGGAGUGAAGACCUUCAGCUUCUCUGUAGGGAUGAAGGUUCUUAAAAGAAACCUUCGCAAUGAGACUCGGAAGGGUGGGAUAAUGGAGCAGAAGUGGACUGGUCCAUACAAAGUCCUUGACAUCGACUCCUCAAACCGUGUGGCACUUGAGGCUGUGAGCAAUGGGAAGAAGCUCAAGAGCCGUACUCCAUACAACAACCUGAGGCCAUUCCUCCAGAGCCAGUUGCACUGUGACAGGUGUGUACAGCUAUUACCAGCUGUGCGGUUGUGAUGUGGUGUUCCUUUCUUAUAUUUAACUAUAUGUUCAUACUUCAUGUGCUUAUUAUGCUUUACUUUGAUAAGUAAGUAAUUUUCAUUGCAUAUGGUUUGAGCUGUCAACUUGUUGCAAUUUAUGGCUGUGUUUGCAUGUAAUGUUAAGCAUUUUUGUAACAAGUGUAGA